CGUUGAGAAAUUUCUCCCCCAACUUAAACCACCCACUUAGAAAAAAAAAAAUUAGAUCUUUCUUCUUUGCUUAUAAUUAUGGAUGUUUUAGGUCGAAUUUUCUGAAAUUAAGAUUGAUUCCUCCCAUGGAAGCUCUGUUUUUUUCUCUGUCCUAAGCUACUACUGAUCUUCCUCCUUCUCCAAAAACAUUUCUCCUGCAAAUCUCAUCUUGUUUUUAUUUCUCAUCUCUGAAUCUUAACUUUACACAGUUUGUAGAACAAGCUUUAAUCUUUUGUGAUCACAAAGAUUCAGAGGGAUCUUGAAAUUUUAUCUGGGCUCUACUCACUUGUCGGAAUCUCUCCCUACAAGAAUCACUGAUCUAUGUCCGUAUGGAGGAGAGAGAAGGAACCAACAACAACAACUCUUCCAGUUUUGGAUUGAAGCAACAACAUGAAGCUGCUCCUUCUGAUGCUUACCCAAUGGACCCACCACGACCCGAUAACCCUAACCCGUUUUCGGCCCCACCCAUCACUUCUUCCGCCGCCGCCGUGGCUGAAAAUGCGGCUCCUCCGUUCAGCUUAACAAUGCAGCCGGAGACCGCUUCUUCCGAGCUGAAAAAGAAGAGAGGAAGGCCGAGAAAGUAUAAUCCCGACGGGACUCUCGCGGUGACUCUCUCGCCGAUGCCAAUCUCCUCCUCCGUUCCACUGUCGUCGGAGUUUCCUCCUCGAAAACGAGGAAGAGGACGCGGCAAGUCCAAUCGAUGGCUCAAGAAGUCCCAAAUGUUCCAAUUCGACAGAAGUCCUGUUGAUACCAAUUUUGCAGGUGUAGGAACUGCUGCUGAUUUUGUUGGCGCGAACUUUACACCUCAUGUGCUCACUGUAAACGCUGGAGAGGAUGUGACAAUGAAGAUAAUGACCUUCUCUCAACAAGGAUCUCGUGCUAUCUGCAUCCUCUCAGCAAAUGGUCCCAUCUCCAAUGUUACGCUUCGUCAAUCUAUGACAUCUGGUGGUACUCUAACUUAUGAGGGUCGUUUUGAGAUUCUCUCUUUGACGGGUUCAUUUAUGCAAAACGACUCUGGAGGAACUCGAAGUAGAGCUGGUGGUAUGAGUGUUUGCCUAGCAGGACCAGACGGUCGUGUCUUUGGUGGAGGACUCGCUGGUCUAUUUCUUGCUGCUGGUCCUGUCCAGGUAAUGGUAGGGACCUUUAUAGCGGGUCAGGAGCAGUCGCAGCUGCAGCUAGCAAAAGAAAGACGGCAAAGAUUCGGUGCUCAACCAUCUUCCAUCUCCUUUAACAUCACAGCAGAAGAACGGAAGGCAAGAUUCGAGAGGCUCAACAAGUCUGUUGUUAUUCCUGCACCAACUGCUUCAUACCAGCAUGAGAACACACCUAGUGCGGUUCACAGUUAUUACACAAACUCGGUUAACCACGCCAAGGAUCCCUUCUCUUCUAUCCCGGGAGGAGCAGGAGGAAAUGGGGGAGAAGAUGAAGGCGAGGAGGAUGAAGAAGAUGACGAUGAAUUAGAAGGUGAGGACGAAGAGUUUGGAGGGGAUAGCCAAUCUGAGAAUGAGAUACCGAGCUGAUGAUGAUCGUGCUGUUUCUUUUUCACGGAUUUGUUAGGGUGGUGAUGGGUUUUCAGAUUUUGGUUGAUUGUUAACACAGAAUGUUUAGAAGCUCCUAUCUUUUAGGUUCUUUCCUCUUGUGAUUGUUGUAGUAUCAAUAUGUUAGAAACAAACUCACGAUUGCAAAAACUCUUCUUCAA